CGAAUACACACUCCAUAAUCGAUUUCUGAGUUUUUCUGAUUUUCGUUUCCAAUUUCAGUCACCUGAAACUGUUUAUGCUAGAAAAAUAUAACCCCUUUUCGUGUUGAAAACGAAAAAGCCAUGUCAACUAAUUACACCCCUUAAUCUUAAUUACACCCCCUCAGAAAGAAAAAGAAUAUAAAAAAGAAAAGAUACCGAACUUGAAUUAUUAGUUUUCGCGCUUUUUCUUGGAACGCAAGCAAUUCCAAUUCCAUUCCCAUCAAUCAACAUCAUGUGCUUCACAAUAAUUCUUGUUUUCUUCAUUCUCCUUCAGACCGGAAUUCCUUCUUUUAAGUACUGCUUUUGUUUUAUAUUGCUUCUCAUUUCAAUUUUUUCAAAUUGUUUCGAAGGUAAAUCAUAUUCAAAUACUCGGCAAAAUUUGUAUGAAUGAGUACUCCUACGAAGACGAGCCGUGAAAGAGACAGAGAUAUUACUAUAACGAGAAGUGAUAGAAAAGAUGAAUCGUCUUCUAGUGUUAAGCGGUCGAAGUUUAAGUCUGGUGGUAGUGGCGGAAUAACAAAAUCAAUUCAUCCUCCGAUUGAAUCGCAUUGGGAUCUUCCUACACCAAAAGGGAAGAAAAGAGCUUCCUUCUCCAUCAAGUCAAUGCUGUCUUACCCUCUUACGAAAUUUGGAAGGAGUAAAAGUAUGGAAAUGGUUCUAGGAGGAACUCAUGAUCCAAAGGAUGAGCAAAUCGUUGAGAAUUUUCGCGAAAUGCUUUCACGCGAUGGCCUAUUACCGCCUAAACACAACGAUUAUCAUACUCUUCUAAGGUUUCUGCGCAUGAACGAUUUUGAUAUGACAAUAUCCAAAGAUAUGUUUCUCAAUUAUCUGAAAUGGCGAAAGGAAUUUCGAGUCGAUAUGAUUCAUGAGGAAUUCAAAUUCACAGAAUACACAGAAGUGAAGAAAUGCUACCCUCAUGGAUACCAUGGAGUUGAUAAAUGUGGCAGACCUGUGUAUAUUGAAAGACUUGGGAUGAUUGAUGUUAACAAACUGUGGCAAGUAACAACACAUGAAAGAUUUAUAAAGCAUCAUGUGUUAGAACAAGAGAAAACGCUACGAUUACGAUACCCUGCAUGUUCAUUAGCAGCUAAAAGACACAUAGCUUCCACCACAAGUAUCUUGGAUGUCAGCGGAAUAGGAAUGUCUAAUUUCUCAAAGCCCGCAAGGUACUUGUUUAUGGAAAUUCAGAAGAUCGAUAGCAGUUACUAUCCUGAGACUCUAAAUAAACUCUUCAUUGUUAAUGCUGGUUCUGGAUUUAAGAUAUUGUGGAAAGCAGUGAAGGCAUUCCUAAGCGAACGGACAGUAAUGAAAAUUCAAGUUUUGGGUUUUGAUUAUGCUAGUGUGUUGCUAGAGGCUAUUGAUCCAAGUAACUUGCCAACUUUUUUGGGUGGUAAUUGCAUAUGUUCUGAGUAUGGAGGUUGCUUGAUGAGUGAUCAAGGUCCAUGGAAAAAUCAAGAGAUCUUAGAAAUGAUUCAGACAGUUUCUUUAACAGAAGAAACUGACGGUGUGAGUGAAAACAACAUUAUGGUUUCAGAAGGAUCCUUGAUGCACAAAAAGGUUGACAUGCAAAACAAAGACGAUGUUAGAACAGAUCUACCAUGUAGGAUAGCGUUACAAAAGAUUGAUUGCCUUGAAAAUAGUCUUGGAGACAUCAAGAAUAAAAUCAAGACAUUGGAAGAUGCACUUCAAGAAACUAAGAUGGCAUUGAAAGAACUUGGACAAUAUAUAGAACAGCAAAAAAUGUGAAUUUAUCGAGUGUAAACAAAAUUGCAAUGAGACAGUGAAUUAUAUUACCAUUCUGUUAUGUUAUGAUCGAUGAAAGAUAGAAAAAAUUCUGAUAAUAUUCUAUCAUAGUGGUUCUGUAGCAACCUAAAAUAAAAUUUGGUUACAAUCACGGCUAGGUGGUGGAAAUAGAUCAAACCGAUGUGGUCUAUUGUCUGGUCUAUACUAUGUUAUUAUGAAAAAGUUAGUUAGUUCCUUAUUUGUGAAGUAACUACUUUUUGGUGUUGCAAGUUAGCCUUAAGCUGUCAAGUUUUAAUCCUUGUGAUAACAACUCAUAAGUACUACAUUAUCCUACCUAAUGAAAUUGAUCAAUCAAGAACUCAAUAAGAUUCUUUUUUUCUUCUUCUCUCUUUUCCCUCGCAAAUUUGUUUCCUUGCAACAGACACAGAUUCAAAUUUUGUAUCACCAUCAAUACCAAAGUUUGAUGACUUUUCAAAGUUGAUGGAAAACUUAAUGCGUUCAAAGGAAUAUUGGAGCUUGAAGAUGGUGUCAUGGCGGCACCUCCGAAUACCACACUUGGGCAAGUGAAACUUGCUGCUUAAAGUAAACAGGGAAACUUGAAGGUGAAUAAUUACAUGUUUCAAUCAGUUGAUUGAUAUAUUCUUGAGACAAUCUUGGUGCACGUUAAAAGAUAUUUAAAACUCCAUGCUAAAGAAGUAUCAAUGCUCUACUAAAGUGAAAUGUGCUUAAGUGAAAGCUCAUUACAGAGAAUUUGAGAUUCUUGGUAUUAUUGAAGGCAAAUUUGUCACAUUACUUUGUAAGAACUCUCGCAAUUGUCGACAAAUUGUCGGUUCACGGGGAGAUGAUGGUUGAAAUCGUGGUUCUUAAGAAAAUUUUGAGGUCUACUACCGCAAGAUUUGACUAUGUUGUAUGCUCCAUAGAAUAAUUCAUGGCUUUGAUGAAAUAUGGUAAAGAAACAUGAU